UUGGCAGUUUAGCAUCUGCAGUUUCUUUAUUUUGGUUUUGUUAUAUUUAGUCUUAAUUUAUUACAAAAUUUACCCAUAAUUUGUAAUAUACCCGUGUUUAGGUGCGAGGAAUAAUAAAAUUAUGCUUAAUUAAUUAAGUAUGGAGGAAUUUCAGGCAUGGGAAGACUUAUCGAACAUACCAGCGGAUCCUCCGGCUAUGCGCAAUCUAUGUGUUAAUUGCGGAAGGCCGAUGGCGGUUUGUUGGUGUUCAGCUCUACCUCCCCAAAGGUUAAACCCACGAAGCAAUGUCAUACUUCUCCAACAUCCCGCUGAAGAAAAGAGAUGUUUGCGCACAGCCCCUAUGUUACAAUUAGGGUUGGCAGAAAACAAGUGCCUUAUUUAUAAAGGAAAAAAAUUUCCACAACCAAAACAUGAAAAUUUAGAAAAUAUUCUCAAUCAACCAAAUUCUUUACUACUUUAUCCGAGUGCUAGUGCAGUCGAUAUUCAACAUUUUAAAUGUGCUAAUGACUACUACAAUAUAAUUCUGAUUGACAGCACAUGGCCUCAAGCAAAGGCAAUAUAUGCAUCUAGUCCACUGUUACACAAAUUGAAACAAGUCAAACUUGUAACAAAUAACACUAGUAGUUAUAUUAUUAGAACACAACCUACAGAAGGUUGUCUAAGCACUUUGGAGACAGCAGCCGAAGCUUUGUCACAAUUAGAAAACAAUUCUGUAUAUAGUGAACAACUAAUUCAACCUUUACACAAACUCUGUCAGUACCAAUUAGAUAAUGGUGCUGUGACCCAUCAAUCUAAAGAGUUUUUAAUCAAAAAUAAAACCUAUCCUAAAUUAAUCGGUAAGAGAUUGUCUAAAUUACUUAAGUCUACUAAUAAAUGUACUCUUGAGUAAGUAUUACUUUUUUUAAGCUGUAACAAGAUCUGUUUUGUACA